CUGCAAACGUACGACCCAAACCUACUCCUAUAUAUAUAAACGAUCUCUGAAGUCGAGAGAUAGUAGUCAUCUCGUACUCCAUACGCCAAGCAUAGAGUAGCCAUGAAGUCCGCCAUGGAUCGUCCCUUGCUCCUCGCAGCCAUAGUAGCGUUGAUAAUUAUUGUUCCUGCAGCGCAAGCAGACGAUGGUGGCUGCGGGUCCGGGAAGGCGGGUACCAACCACCGCAGUGCUAAUUCGCUAAAGAUUGCCGCUUUCUUCUCAAUAUUAAUCUGCGGGGCGCUCGGGUGCGGCCUGCCUGUGAUGGGACGGCGUGUGCCUUGGCUGAACGCUGAUGCCGACGCCUUCUUUCUGAUCAAGGCGUUGGCAGCAGGAGUUAUUCUUUCCACGGGCUUCAUCCAUAUUCUUCCAGAUGCGUUUGAAGACCUUACAUCAGAUUGCCUACCAGUCAGCGGCCCCUGGAAAGAAUUCCCCUUCGCUGGGUUAGGCGCCAUGGUGGGAGCUAUUGGCGCCCUCAUCUUUGACACCGUCGCAACAGCGUACAUCACCCGCGUGCAGUUGAUCAAGGGAACUGCCCAUGCAGUCGCAUGCAGCGGCAGCGUGGUCGGCGUAGAUGAGGAGAAUCCGGCUGGUGCUGCCGGGGAAGGGCGUCACCAGGAAGUAGAAAUGCACGAGGGUUACGUGGACCUCCACACCCAUGCAUCGAACGGGCAUGCUCAUGGAUCGGCAGCGCUUGUCGUGGCAGUCGGCGGCAGCCAUGACGACAAAUACACGAUCCGGCAACGUGUUAUCUCACAGGUACUUGAACUUGGCAUUGUGGUCCACUCUGUGAUCAUUGGCAUCUCCCUCGGCGCUUGUCCGGAUCCGGACACCAUCAAGCCACUUGUCAUCGCACUAAGUUUCCACCAGAUGUUCGAAGGCAUCGGCCUUGGUGGCUGCAUAGUUCAGGCAAAGUUCAAGGCGACCUCCCUCAUUACUAUGAUCCUCUUCUUUUGCUUCACUACCCCGGUCAGCAUUGGCAUCGGCGCCGCUAUAUCGUCGGUGUACAACGAGAACAGCCCGAACGCGCUGAUCAUGGAGGGCCUUCUCAACUCCGUCGCGGCUGGGAUCCUCGUGUACAUGGCACUGGUCGACCUCCUAGCUGAGGAACUUACCAACCCGAAGGUGCAGGGAAGAUGGAAGCUUCAGCUUGGUAUCUACAUUUUUAUGUUGAUAGGGGCCGGCCUGAUGUCGAUGCUGGCAAAAUGGGCCUAGUCAAACGCUGCAAUUCGAUAUUGAUGGGAAAAGAUAACGGCAGAUCGAAUAUAAUUCUACUUUGUAUUGCAUGGCCAAUAAAAUUGUAAUUUAUCAGAUAUAUUCAUUUAUGUUAUAUUCGAUGUUGUUUUUAUUCAAA